CCCAGAGGAACAUCUCUGAAGAGCUGCUUGCCAGUGUUAUCUCCACCUAAAAGAUUUUUCUUUUAAAAACUUAAAAAAAAAAUACUGAAAGCGUUGAAGAAUUAUGAAAAUCACCUUUUUCUUUGCUGAGUUGUUCUUACUGGAUCUCUUCACCUGCUGUCACGCUUACCCACAAUAUCCCUUGCCUGACAUAGAAGAUGCAGCUUUCAUUGAAGACUAUGUGAGAGCUCACAACAAGUUUCGAUCCAAAGUGAAUCCACCAGCCAGCAACAUGUUUCGCAUGUCCUGGGAUGCUGCUUUAGCCAAGACUGCCAAAGCAUGGGCGAAGAAGUGCAAGUUUAAGCACAAUAUCUACCUUAAAGUGCCACGGAAGGUCCACCCCACCUUCACUCCUGUUGGAGAAAACAUCUGGACUGGCACAGCCACCAUCUUCUCUGUGGACACAGCUCUCAGUGACUGGUUUAAUGAAGUCAGCAGCUAUAAUUUCCACACUAAUAAAUGUGCUGGCAUGUGUGGUCACUACACCCAGGUCGUUUGGGCAGAGAGUUACAAAGUUGGCUGCGCAGUUCACUUCUGCAAUACAGUUGAAAAUUUUCCAAGACUUUCCAGAGCAGCACAUUUUGUCUGCAACUAUGGGCCAGCGGGGAAUUACCCAAGAAAACCAUAUAAAGCAGGACAACCAUGCAGUGGAUGCAGUAAUGAGAAGUGCAUAGACAAGCUCUGCGAAAACACAGAACGUGAGAAGCUGAUAAAUUAUACCUACUGGUAUCCAGACUGGGAUACACAGCCCCGGCCCCCCAGGCCUCCCACGCCGCCGUACAUCCCACCUGCUGAGCAUCCGCGUCCCUCUUGUGACCAAUACUGUAUUAUUGUGUUAAGUUUAAGGCCACUGUUUUUGGUACUGAGUACUGGUGCUGUUCUUUUACUACAACAGCGGUUUCCACAGACAUUUUUUAAUGAGUAAUGAUCAAUUAAGAUACUGAUAGUGAUUCUACCUCUGUAUUACUCUCAGAGAAUUGCACACAUUUAAAAAAACCCACUUGGUCAUCUCCCUGUUAUCCUUGUGAUGUUUAUCCAGCAUAGAAAAGGUGGCUUCUUCACUCAAGGCAAGAUAGAAGUGGCUGUGCAUAGAAUUAGUGUAAUUUAUUGGCAGUAGCUGCAACACGCUUCUAUGCCAGUACGAGGCUGUUAGCUCUGGCUCAGGGGUAGGUUGCUAGAGGGACCACGUAGACUAUAUAUUACUAUUUAUGCUAACAAGCCUCCUGGAAACCUGGGGUAUCACAAAGACAUGUCUAAAGUGGCGCACUGUACCCAAAAGAAGCAAUAACUCAUCACCAUUAACCUUCAGUUAUUCCAGACAUCGUUUUCCCCAGAUAAUGGAUAUUUAACUGUAUGUAUUACUUUUUAUGAACAGAAGGACUAAAGCUUAUCCUUUCCCAUGUUUAGCCUAUGUGUAUCAGUCUCCAUUAAAGUUACUCUAUUGUCA